CCGGCUUUCCUUGCACCCCAUGUCAUGGACUAUAUUGUGACAGGAGAUGUCUUUCAAGUACAUGUCACACCUGAUGCCAUAGCUAACACUGAAUUAAGGGAUUCUCUGAAAAAGGUCAAUCAAUCUAGCACAAACGAUGCAUUGGAGUAAGCUGUGAACGGCUGUGACUCAUGGAGGUUUGAUGUUGAGGGUGUUCCAAAUCCAGUCAACAUGGACACAAAACAUGCCUUUGUUAACAAUGCAACAUUGUACCAUGUCCUCUUGCAACGACAAAGCUGCCUUAAUCAACUCAUUGAUGGCCUGUCCUACUACGAAGUACUGCCACUUUUGAGGGAAAAUCCUAGCAUGCAGAUUAUUCUUGACAUGCCUGCAGAAAAAAAAUAUAUCACUGCAGAAGUUGUAGCUAGCCUUUUGAAACCAAGCUGCUCUGUUUUAGGUAGUAACAGAAGGCCAAGAGAAGAGUCGAUGGUGGUGAAAUUCAGAGAAUUUCUCCAGUGUGUGCAGAAUAAAGAGCUUCAUGAAAGACUGGAGGCUAGGACACUGACAGAGGAAGAGAGGGUAUUCGUGCAAAAUUUGGACUCUAGUCACAUACUGACAUUUGCAACAGGGAGCAGUAAAGUUCCAACAGUUGGAUUUCAGCUAAAUCCUAAAAUAUCCUUUGUGCAUGAUGAAACCAAGAACUAUCCUAUUGCUUGCACCUGUUCGAAUGAACUUCAGAUCUUUGUCAAUGCAAAAAACAUGGCUGAUAAUGAUGAGUUUGAUUACUGCUUUGUGGUGGCUCUCAUGAAUGGAGCUGUGUUCAGCAUCAUAUAAUCAAACGGCACACAAACUUUCUCUUUACCAUUUAUGAACAGGUUUGCUUUUGAACUAUUUUGUUUCUGUAACAACUCUUACUUGUACAACUUACUCAACUCAUA